AUGGAUAUCGAGCCUACUUUCAAAGGAUAUAUUGAAGAUGAAGAUGACGCUUUGCUUAUCCUCCAAGCGACCUUGGAUGGUAAGUUGAAACAUAUACCAAGAAGACCCUAUGAAAUUGAAAGACCCUAUCUAAUUGUUUCCGGUAGCAUAUUCGUUUUCAUUGAAGAAAUCUCCGGCAUCAAGAGAUGGACUGAUGGCGUUUCUUGGUCUCCAUCUAGGAUAUCGGGCAAAUUUUUAAUAUACAAAGAACUCGAUAAAGAAAACUCCAACGUUAAUUCUAAUAGCACGUCGAGUGGCAAUGCCGACUCCACCAUCGUACCAGAUGGAACAUCUGGUGCAAAGAAUAAUUCUUCUUCGUCGAAAAUUAAGCUACCUCCUUUGAAGAAUCAUCAAUUUGAUUUACCACCUACUAUGGCUCAUUCAAAUUUUGAAUCAGACCAAGAGUCAUCCAUUUCUCCAUCAAAUCGUUCCAAUUUGCCAUUAAAAUACACCGGCUUGGUGAAAAAAACAAUAUCAGUGAAGCUGAAGAGACCUCCAUUCAAUUCUGUUGAAAAUUUACACAUUGUCUCGUACUAUUCUGUAAAGGAUAUCAAACAAAAUUGUUUAGCGACGCCUAAGGCCUCUCCUUUUCUAAAAGAUAUCAGACCUUCACAAGAACUAAUUGUCGCCAUGGAAAACACGACUUUGGGCAAUGUGAAAAAUAACUCAACCACUAAUACAAGCAGUUCUAAUAAUAUAAACAACAAAAGUAACUCUUCCACUCCUCUAAAUACUGUUAUUUCCACAAAUAAUAAUAGUGCUAAUAUAAAUGCUGCUGGCAGUAAUCAAUUCACUAGUGCAAACAAAAAUUAUUAUUAUAAAAAUGAUGAAAGCUCUGGAUAUCAGAUCAAUCAAUUUGCCCCCGCGUUGCCAUCGACAACUUUAAUGUAUACAACGAAUCCACCUUAUAUUACUCAAUCUCCCGAUAAUGCAAACUCCACUGGCAUGAAUACUCAUAGUAGCAAUAACACUAAUCCUAACGGUAACAAUAAUAUUAAUAGUAAUACUGGAAACAAUAACAACUCAAGUAGAUUUCCCAAUGGCUCCUUUGCAUAUAGUACUGCUGGCGAUUUCAUUAACCAGCAACAGCAAGGGCAAAUUUCUUACCCCUUCUACUAUACAACGAUUCCAAUAAAUAAUCCGAAUUACUAUACCACACAGCCCCCAAAUCCUGUAGCGAACACGGCAACAAACGAUAAUCAAAAUUAUUCCACUUCUUCAACACAACACCCUUAUUAUGGCCACCCUACCGAAAGUCAAUCAGCAUCAGCAACCACAGGCGCUCCUGGCGCUUCUGGUACAACCGAAAAUGGGCUGCCUGUUUCUAAUAUGCAACCAUUACUCCAUCAGGCCAAUAAUAACAACCCAAGCGCCACUUCUUCUACAACUUCUUAUCCGAUAUAUUCUAUGAACGUGAACGUUCCUUAUUACAGCUCCUCUGCAUACAAGAGAGCCCAAGAGAGUACUACUUCGAACCCAAACGCGGAACCUUCUGGAACAGCAGGCACGAAUUCAGGCACAAUGUUAUCGAAUCCUGCAUACGCCAAUUCUCAACAAUACACUCCAUCGCAAGUGUAUUAUCAAGGGUUUCCGCAGUAUGCCAUGGCUAGUGCCCAGAAUCCAUCAAUGUACCAGCAUCAACACCAGCAUCCUUUGCCCACAGUAUACCCAAUAACGGCGUCGCAACAAAACAUAAUAAAUUCAAGCCACGCUUUGAAUACUAUUGGAUCAGACCCUCAACAUCAUCAUUGUCAGCAAGAGCCCAACGAUCAUAAAAACUUUGCCAUGGGGCAUCCGAAUAAUAACAUAUUAAACAUCACUAACAAUGAUACGAUGAACAAUCUCAAUACAAAUACUUCAACUACAACACAAUAA